AUUCUGAAGAAGAAGCAAAAGCAAAUCUACAGUGUAUAAUUCUUCCAAUGAAGAUCCCUCUUUCUUCUUCAACCUUUAACUCAGUUUUGAUUCUGUCAGUGAUUUUCUUAGUUGAUAUCUGCAAAACAUGUGAGUCUGCAAAACUUUCAGUUCCUGCAGUGUUGGUGUUUGGAGAUUCGAUCGUGGACACUGGCAACAACAACAAGAUUUUGGCAACAUCAGCAAGGUGCAAUUUCCCACCAUAUGGUAAAGAUUUUGAGGGAGGGAUUCCUACUGGUAGAUUUUCCAAUGGAAAGGUUCCAUCAGACUUCAUAGCUGAAGAAUUGGGCGUAAAAGAGUUUCUUCCAGCAUACUUGGAUCCUAAUCUCCAACCUGAUGAAUUAGCCACUGGUGUUUGCUUUGCAUCUGGUGGUGCAGGAUACGAUCCUUUAACAUCACAAACUGCAGGAGCUAUAACACUAUCUAGUCAACUACAAAUGUUCAAAGAAUACAUAGUCAAGCUAAAUCAACACGUUGGAGAGAACAGAACAAACUUCAUCCUAAGCAACGCUCUUUUCUUUGUCGUCUUAGGCACCAACGACAUUUCCAACACCUACUUUUUGUCCCAUCUCAGACAACUGCAAUACGAUGUUCCUGCUUACUCUGACUUCCUUGUUAACUCAGCUUCUGAUUUCUUCAAGGAAAUAUAUGAACUAGGAGUACGAAAGAUUGGAGUAUUAAGUGGGCCACCAGUUGGGUGUGUGCCAUAUCACAGAACAUUGUCUGGUGGAAUAGAAAGAAAGUGCAUACAAAGGUACAACGAUGCAAUGAUGUUAUUUAACGAUAAAUUAUCGAAGGAGAUACGUUCCCUCAAUCAGAAACUUCCAAACAGUAGGAUCGUUUACAUGGAUGUCUACCACCCUUUACUUGAUAUCUUUGUGAAUCCCCAAAAAUAUGGGUACAAAGUCGGAGACAGAGGAUGUUGUGGCACAGGUACUCUAGAGGUUGCAUUGACAUGCAACCGUUUGGAUGCCACGUGUCCUAAUGUUUUGGAGUAUGUGUUUUGGGACGGUUUUCACCCUACUGAAAGCGUUUACAAAAAGCUUGUGCCCAUUAUUGUGCAGAAACAUAUGCACCAGUUUCAGUGAUCACUGAUCAGUCGAUCUGUUUGACGUAAAAGCAGAAAAGUGCGUCUUUCAAAACCAUUUUCUAUGAAGGCCCAAACAAGACUUUAUCGAUUGUGUUCUUUUUUCUAUUCUAUUGUAAUAAAAAUUGUUAAGAAAAAAUAAUAAUGAUCUAUAUCCUAAGUUACUUGUAAGGAGUAUUUCCUACCCUACGUAUUCGUAUUUCUUAAUAGGUUUUUGGUAAUACUGCAAAUUAUAUCUUCAAUAAUU